UGAUAUCCGGUUCAGUUCGAAUAUCAUCAGUCAUCGCUCCUCGUUGAGAACACCUGGACUGUCUGCACAACGGCGAACGGUGCAUUUCUCUCUGGUUCAGGGGGCAUCGCACCGCACCGCAUCGCAUCGCAUCUAAUCUUAGUGUAUGCAAAAGAUAUAUCUUAAGCCUUCUUGGCCUAAAUUACACUCGCUUGUACACACAAUUCGGGAGGAGAUUUUGUUGUGGUCGGUCUAGGGUUUCGUUUUUGGCGAAUCAGCUGCCGACCACUUUCCUGAUAAACCCUAGGUCGAUAUAAGUCCGAUAUACAGAGGCGAUGGACACCCCUGGUUCGAAUCAAUUGGAUAUCUUGGAAAUUUAUAGUCGUUACUGCGGCAUUACAUCAUCUAGGUAUGCUUAUGGAGAGGAGGGCUACAGCCCAGAUGGUGGUGAAUUGCAGAAAGGCACCAGAGAGGCGUUGAACCAACUCCUGAAAUUGAUGGAGUCGAGGAUGCACGCAAGGACGUUGAUUUUCGAUGAAAUAUUGAAGCUCAUGUCAAGGCUAGACCUGAUGGUAGACUUUUCAGAGUUUGCACGCUUCUAUGAUUUUGUGUUUUUCAUUUGCCGUGAAAAUGGUCAAAAGAACAUAACUGUAAGCAGGGCAGUGGCUAGUUGGAGACUAAUAUUAGCAGGGAGGUUUAGAUUGUUGACACAAUGGUGUGACUUUGUGGAGAAAAAUCAGCGGCAUAACAUCUCCGAAGACACGUGGAGGCAAGUUUUAGCAUUCAGCCGAUGUGUACAUGAAAACCUGGAAGGAUACGAUCCUGAAGGGGCUUGGCCUGUUCUUAUUGAUGACUUUGUUGAGCACAUGUAUAGGACCAUGGGAUCCAACGAUAAUUCUAACGUAUACUGCAACUGUGGUGAUUCAGAUGCCCAGCCAUUUGAAGAUCCUCUCCCUGGAUUGAAAUUUUUUCCAGGUCUGAAGAGGAAGUUGUGUGAGGACUUGCAGAUAAAUGAAGUGGAAUCUGCAUAUAAAUUUGGUGGCUCAAAUGUCCUACAGACUCCUAAGAGAAGGCAUAUGUUUGUAGUCAAACCGGGGAACUGGAGGCAGAACCCACCGGGCAAUGCAUCAGAUGACCACAUGGAGAUUGUGAAACACAAUGGUCGGUUAGGUUGCUCGAAAUCUCCGUGUGCUGUCGAAGGUUGUCUGUCCAGGGGCUUUGCGGGGCUAUUGUCAGGUGGUUCUUUUUUGCGGUGCGAUAGGGAAAGGAGUGCGUCCUAUACAUAGAUCAUCUGCCAAAAUAACAAGCAUAGAGAAUACCUGCCAUGAGCCCCCGUUGUUUACUUUGCUUGUGCUUCUAAUUUGUUUUUUUCUUGUAUGUGGGAUGUCUUAUUUAUGGAUUCAUGCUUUCUCACCUCCUCCUCUUUUUUUUUUUUU